UGUAACUCCUAACUCUCUGAUCAGCACGAACGCCUAGACACAGAUCAGACAACCGAUUGAAUUCCGACUGUCAGAGCUCUCUCUCUCCCUCUUCGGCGAAAAUGUUGCCGUUGGAGCUCCAACCUCGCUCUUACCGCCCGUUCAUCUCCUCCUCCAUGAGCGCUCCCACUUUUUCCACCACCUUCAACGGCGGCUACUCCCCCGAACGAAACCCUAACCCUAGCCCUAAAUCAUCCUACUACAGCAACAGCAGCAGUAACGGUUCCUCGACUAGAUCUCUCAAGAAAUCCCGAUUCUCGCCGUCGCCGCUCGUCCACAACACCAGGAUCGCCAUCGCACUUGUCCCUUGCGCCGCAUUCCUCCUCGACCUCGGCGGCACUCCGGUCGUCGUAACCCUAACCGUAGGCCUCAUGGUCGCUUACAUCCUCGAUGCUAUCAACUUCAAGCCCGGUUCGUUCUUCGCCGUCUGGUUCUCUCUCAUCUUUGCGCAGAUUGCGUUGUUCUUCAGCUCCUCUUUCUCCGUCACCUUCAAUUCGAUCCCUCUCGCUAUCCUCGCCGCUUUCCUUUGCGCCCUGACCAGUUUCUUGAUCGGCGUCUGGGCUUCUCUUCAGUUCAAGUGGAUUCAAAUCGAGUAUCCGACGAUCGUCCUCUCUCUCGAGCGCCUGUUGUUCGCUUGCGUCCCUGUGAUUGCUUCGGUGAUUUUUACCUGGGCGACGGUUUUCGCAAUCGGUAUGAACCAUGCUUCUUACUAUCUCAUGGUGUUCAAUUGUGUUUUCUAUUGGCUUUUCUCGAUUCCUCGAGUGUCAUCGUUCAAAUUGAAGCAAGAAGUGAGCUAUCAUGGUGGGGAGGUUCCCGAUGAUAAUCUGAUCCUUGGCCAGCUAGAGAGUUGUAUACACACAUUGAAUCUCCUGCACUUUCCCCUGCUCUUUCACAUUGCCUCUCACUACUCGGUUUUAUUUUCUUCUGUUGCUUCCGUUUGUGAUUUGUUUCUUCUUUUCUUCGUUCCUUUCUUGUUUCAACUCUAUGCAUCAACGAGGGGUGCCCUGUGGUGGGUCACUAAGAAUGAGAACCAGCUGAGGAGUAUUCGGGUGGUGAAUGGUGCUGUUGCUUUGGUUAUUGUUGUGAUUUGCUUAGAGGUUAGAGUUGUUUUCCAUUCGUUUGAGCGGUACAUUCAGGUGCCUCGGCCUUUCAAUUUUCUUCUUGUGACCACUACAAUGCUUGGAGGGGCAGCUGCAGCUGGUGCUUAUGCCCUUGGUAUGAUUGCUGAUGCUUUUAGUUCAAUGGCAUUCACUGCUUUGGCUGUGGUAGUCAGUGCUGCUGGAGCAAUUGUUGUGGGAUUCCCUAUAUUGUUCCUUCCACUCCCUUCAGUAGCUGGAUUUUAUUUGGCUCGUUUUUUUACAAAGAAGAGUCUGCCAUCAUACUUUGCCUUUGUUGUGCUCGGGAGCUUGAUGGUCUCGUGGUUUGUGCUGCAUAAUUUUUGGGAUCUCAAUAUAUGGAUGGCAGGAAUGCCUUUGAAGUCGUUCUGUAAGCUCAUAAUUUUAUGUGUUGUCUUGGCCAUGGCUAUUCCUGGUUUAGCUCUUCUUCCAUCGAAGCUUCAGUUUUUGACUGAAAUUGGUUUGAUCAGCCAUGCACUGCUGCUCUGCUACAUUGAGAAUCGCUUCUUUAAUUACUCUAGCAUAUACUAUUAUGGGUUGGAGGAUGACGUGAUGUAUCCGAGCUAUAUGGUUGUCAUGACAACAUUUGUGGGUUUGGGUCUGGUGAAGAGGCUCUCUGUGGAUCAUCGAAUUGGACCAAAGGCAGUGUGGAUACUGACUUGCCUCUAUUCUUCUAAAUUGGCAAUGCUUUUUAUUGCAUCAAAGACUGUUUUAUGGGUUUCUGCUGUUCUUUUGAUGGCUGUAUCUCCUCCAUUGCUUCUUUACAAGGACAAGUCAAGAACGGCCUCAAAGAUGAAACCUUGGCAAGGUUAUGCACACGCUGGUGUGGUUGCUUUAUCGGUUUGGUUUUGUCGUGAGACAAUUUUUGAAGCUCUUCAGUGGUGGUACGGUAGACCUCCAUCUGAUGGUUUACUUUUGGGCUUCUGUAUUCUUCUAACGGGGUUGGCUUGUGUACCCAUAGUUGCUCUCCACUUCUCUCAUGUCAUGUCUGCUAAGAGAUGCUUGGUGCUGGUGGUGGCAACAGGUCUGUUGUUUAUCCUGAUGCAGCCACCAAUUCCAUUAUCGUGGACUUACCGCUCCGACCUAAUCAAAGCUGCCCGUCAAUCUGCUGAUGACAUCUCCAUAUACGGUUUCAUGGCAUCAAAGCCUACUUGGCCGUCAUGGUUGCUUAUCACAGCGAUCCUGCUUACUCUCGCUGCAGUAACCUCCAUCAUUCCUAUUAAGUACAUUGUUGAGUUGAGGACAUUUUAUUCCAUUGCCAUGGGGCUUGCUCUGGGGAUUUAUAUAUCUGCUGAAUAUUUCCUUCAGGCAGCGAUCCUGCAUGCCCUUAUAGUCAUAACCAUGGUUUGCACUGCUGUAUUUGUGGUCUUCACGCAUUUUCCGUCUGCCUCAAGUACAAAGUUACUACCAUGGGUGUUUGCAUUACUUGUGGCUCUCUUUCCUGUGACAUAUUUAUUAGAGGGCCAGGUGAGAUUCAAAAACUUACUCGGAGGUGGAGUUGGAGAGGUGGGAGAGGAUGACAAAAAUCUGACAAUGUUACUGGCUGUUGAGGGGGCAAGGACAUCGCUCCUUGGUUUGUAUGCAGCUAUCUUCAUGCUUAUAGCACUGGAAAUAAAGUUUGAACUUGCCUCACUUAUGCGAGGAAAGGCACUUGAAAGGGGAGGAAUUAGACAUAGCCAAUCUGGUCAAAGUGGCUCCACCAGUUUUGCUCCAAAAUCAAGGUUCAUGCAGCACCGUAGGUCCUCAACCGUGCCGACCUUCACAAUCAAGAGGAUGGCUGCUGAGGGAGCCUGGAUGCCGGCAGUUGGCAAUGUUGCUACUGUGAUGUGCUUUGCUAUAUGCCUUAUAUUGAAUGUCAGUCUCACUGGCGGCUCAAACCGUGCAAUAUUCUUCUUGGCACCGAUCUUGCUGCUUCUCAAUCAGGACUCUGACUUUGUUGCCGGAUUUGGGGACAAGCAGAGGUAUUUCCCGGUUAUAGUAGUAAUCUCAGCUUACUUGGUCUUGACUUCUCUAUAUAGCAUAUGGGAAGAAAUCUGGCACGGGAAUGCUGGUUGGGGGCUCGAAGUUGGAGGACCAGAUUGGUUCUUUGCAGUAAAGAAUGUGGCCCUCCUCGUGCUCACAUUCCCCAGCCAUAUCCUGUUUAACCGGUUCGUGUGGAGCUACACAAAGCAGACUCACUCGGCGGCACUGCUCACAAUCCCCCUUAAUCUGCCACCCGUCAUAAUGACGGAUGUGAUCAAGGUUAGGAUAUUGGGACUUCUCGGAAUCAUAUAUUCCCUCGCCCAAUAUCUUAUUUCUAGACAACAAUACAUCUCUGGUUUGAAGUAUAUUUAGGCAAAAUGAAUACUAUGUACAAUAUAUUUUUGGCAAAAUUUUUCAAUUGAGGUUUGUUGCCACCUUCGGCUCGUGGCUCGUGCUUAACUGCUUAUUUUCAUUUGGGUUUUUGUUGUACCAUGCCCUGUAGUAUUAGCAAGCCGUUCCAGUGAUAUAGUUGUAGCAAAUAAGCACCUGGGUAAAUCAUUGUUUGGCUGUUAUUAUUAUUUUCCCUGGUAAGAAAUGAAUAGCAUUUGGUUGAGCA